GAUUCCAAUCUCUAGACGAUGUCCGGGAAUGGGCAGGUCUCCCAGCAGCCAUCUGGACAGCAUUCAGUACUGGCUGCGGUACCUUGAGCAAUAUCCGUAUGGUUGCAGCUCUCCCACGCACAGCCUUGCUCGCCCAUAUGCGCGCUGUGCGGAUUGCCGUCACUGGGGACCCCGCUGGCCGUCCCCUGAAUGCCGCGGAGUCAAUCCAGGUUGGGUUGUUGUGGAGAGCCUGCAGAAGGACUUGUGGAUUGGAAGAUCAGGACCCUUUAGCAGAUCCAGUAGUGCAACCAAUCGCCACAGGCCCUGCUGCACCAGCACCGGCGGCAAAGAAAGUCAAAGCAUCUACUGUGAUCGACCAGCUGGACGACACCGAGAUCAACCCGCUCAGUCGCAGCGACAUAGAUCAGUGCUACCUCAACCACAUCGAAAUCACGGGCGCCGAACCCAGUCAGGAUGCAGAGCCUUCCCCAGAACAGAUUGCAGCAUUAAAGGAUCGCGUGGAAGCUCGAGGAGAAGCUCCAUAUGCAGAUUUCAGCCUCUUCACACCAUAUGGCAGGCGCAUGCAAAAACAGAUGCGCACAAAGUCAUGGGUGUUCCAGCCAGACGGCACUUUCAGAACUGUCGACAUACCGGGUCCAAACAGUUUUUCUGCUUGGGCUGGGUGCUGGAAAGUGUACCGUGCCGCCUUGUACAUGUUGAGGCAUCAGCAACCGGCGCCGUCAACACUGAAGCAAGUGGUGACACCAGCGGUGAUGGAAGAGUACUGCGAGAACAUCGCGAAGUUGGUGGAAGAGUUCCCGGAAGCCUGGCAUUUGAUAAUGCAAGCGGAAGAUCGUUGCCGAGGAGAAGCCUUGGACCGCUACCGAAGAAAUUUGACAAAAGCCCAGGUCGAGGGGAACUUGCCUAUGGGGAUCAACUUCGAUGCCUCUGCUCCUUGGAACGGAGCCUUCAUGUUCGCAGCUCGAGACUUCGAGUUUUGGCAGAAGAAUGUGGUCAGGCCAGCUCACACUUUCCUGGCCAGAGGGGGAAAGAACAUGACUGCAAAGAGCGCCGGGGAAGCCACCAUGUCCCAGGAAGCAAAGGCGGCUUUGGAAAAACCUGCGCAUCACGGUCAACCAGAAUCACCCUCAAAGAGGAAGAGAAAACGAGAACCCGGUGCGGCUGCUGCAGGCCCCACGGGAAAGGAAGCCAAAGGAAACCACCCGCGAAAGUGGGGCACUCACUACAUCUCAGACUACGAUGGUGUGGAGUUGUGCUUCAGGUACUCCAAGGGCAAACUGGGCGACUGCUCAGAUCCUUGUCCAGAGGGCCGUUCUCAUCGAUGCCAACAUUGCCUUGGGAGCCACAUCAAUUCUGCGUGUCCUGCGGUUGCGAAAAAGCAGAAAGAGAAUCUGGUUAUCCCUUCAAAGCUGGAUUCGCCUGGAGACUUGAAGCCCUACGUGUUUGUAGAGCUCUACGCAGGCUUUGCAGGCUUUUCGAACAUUGUUCGAGAAGUUUGCGGUGGUUUGGUGCACGUCUUGCCUCCUUUGGAAAGACACCAUGGUUGGGAAAUAGAGACCGCGGAAGGUAUGAAAUUGGCUUUGGACUCAGUGGAACGUGCCGACCAUGUUCACAUUGCUUGGCCAUGCAGAUCAUUCAGUCGGGCAAGGAGAUCCGACGAACAUGGAGAAGUAGAAGUGGUGAGAUCAUCAGAAUCGCCUAUGGGCUGGGGCCAUCCCGUUGCAGAAGAAGGGAACGGCCACCUGGACCGGGUGGAAAAGAUUUGCGCCCAUGCCGAGAACCAUGGCACCACUGCUUCUCUAGAAAACCCUUGGGACUCCUUUGCUUGGGACUGCAAACCGAUCAUCAAGGCCAAGAAGCGCAAGAGCAUGGAGGAGAUCUACCUGGAACAAUGUGCCUAUGGUGGAAUGUCCGUGAAGCCGACUCAGAUUGCAACCGAUGCUGCGUGGAUGAAGGGAACAAACCUGACAUGUCGACAAGUUGGUCCUCACAAGCACGCAAAACUGGUAGGCAAAGUUUGGGACCCUCUCACCCAGAAGUCAGUUUGGAAAACAAGCAAAGCGGCAGAGUAUCCCACUGGCUUAUGUUUGGCAUGGGCAAGAGCUUUGAAAGAGUUUCUUCUUUCACAGGAGGGCAUCAAGCUGAGGAUGAGACAGACCUAUGUAAAGGUGGGUCAACAUGCAAAUGUAUUGGUGAGGGCCGAUUUGAAGCGGCCCGACCAACCAGCUAAACAAAACGCUGGGAGAAUUCAAGACGAAUCCUUUCCCCUGCCGGCUACAGUGCAUGACUUCAACUCCAAGCGUGAGGCUAGAGAGUUUGAGAACCAGCAGGCAGUGGGAGGGCUUCGCAAUCCACGUAAAGCAGUCCGCGCAAACUCCGCGCUCCGACUGACGGGCCUUAAAGUUCGUUCAGUUCUCCAAAAGUUUCUUUCUGCCACCUUGCUCCACAAGUUCGAAGCUCGUCCAACCGAGAACCCUUUCUCUGACGAUUUGGUGAUGGAAGUGAGACAUGCCUUGGCAGUUGAGUUCGGAGCGGCUGUACUCCAGUGCGACGGCUACCAAAACGAUCUCAUCCGCAAGCUGCUGAGUGAGUCCCAAGAUCCAGACUUCAAGGUCAUCCCACUGUGGUUGGACGAGGGUUUUCCAUUAGGUAUCAAUUGUCCAAUCCCCAACACCGGUGUAUUCCCACAAACCGAUCAAGUUUCGGAGGCUGUCAAAAUUUCAGGCCAAAUUGGGAUCCGGAUUGAAGAUUGGGAUGGGACUGCCGCAAAUUAUUCUAGUUUUGUUGAGGCAGGAACGAAAGGUCAAGCUGAAAUUCAAAGAGUUAUAGACUCUGGCUGGGCCGAUGUUUUUGACUCCUGGCCCGAAGUUGUUGAGGCCUUUGGGGAGAAAGCGCAGCUCACACCACUCGCUUGCAUCAUCAAGCAGGCGCAUGGUCGGGAGAAGAUCCGGCUGGUUGUGGAUAUGAGGAGGAGUUCAGUAAAUGGGCAGAUUGACCUUAAAGAAAGGGUCAUCCUCCCCAGGGUGUGUGAUGUAGCAGAAGGUGUUAGAUCACUUUCAGCCGCAUCUCCUCACGAAAUUGAAUUGUUGGUUUGUGAUUUCAAAGAUGCGUUUCUCACGUUGAAAUUGCAUCCGUCGGAACGCCCACAUGUCAUAGUCAAAGACAAUCUAGGCCGGUAUGUGGCAUAUUCCGUAGCUGCAUUUGGCUUGGCCAGUGCACCUUUGAUUUGGUCACGUCUGGCAGCUAUGGGUUGUAGGCUGGCUCAGGCAUGUGUCCUUCCGAAUGAAGCCAUGAUCCACACUUACGUUGAUGACCCAAUUAUUUCUGUAGCGGGGGAACUCCUCGACAAACCCAUGGUCUCGGUCAAGACCCUCAGACACGCGGCCGGCCUUUUGGGUUGGUUGUCAGGCAUAGUUAUUGAAGCCAGACCGUGGUUGGCAAUGCUGUUGCUGCAAACGAAAAGCUUGGAUGGAGCGCUCCAGCACCGGUUUCAGUUUCGACCUCAGGAUGUCACGUGGUACACCAUCGAAUGCGAUGCGACAGAUAAUUCAGCAGCCUUGCAAGCCGCACUAGAGUACAAAGCCAAGAGCCCAUUAUUGGUACAGUUGACUGUGGAGUUAAUGCUGGAAGCACAUGCCAGAGGGUGGCCGUGGCUCCUAGGGGUGCGGUUGACCAAAAGAAGCUCAAAGGCUUUAAAGGUGCUGUCAGGAUUAGUGGCUCCUCAGAGCUGGGUGGCUGAACAAUUGCGACCCGUGGGUGGCUCAGUUGCGCCUGCAUCGCCGGCAUUGCCACCAAGUUCUGGAUUCAACGAGUUGGUGCGCAGAAGACCUGGAGCUCCUCUGGUUCCGGCAACCCCCAACAACAACGGGAACAAGAGGAAAGCUUCUGCUGAGCUGGCGUUGAACAUUGCGGGAAAUUCUCAGCUGGCCAGUCAAGCAGAUGCGGAGUUCAAGGAUUUGAUUUAUUCUGCGAACACACUCAAAGUCAAAGGCUCGUUGGAUACCCUGUGGAUAAAGAUCUGCGAGGCACGGGAUCUUGCUCCGUACCCCUUGACGGCGUGCACCGUCACUCAAGUUGCAGCAGUUCUCAAAGCGGCAAAUUUUAGAUCCGUCAUGGCAUAUGUUUACCAAGCAAGGCAGGUUCACAUAAAGCGGGGCUUCCCGUGGAAUGAGGAGCUGGAAGCAGCCAUCAGGGAUGUGAAGAGGGGCGCGUUGAGGGGCCAAGGUCCUCCCAAUCGCGCUGCAGUCUUCGCAGUCCCACUCCUGGAACAUUUGCCUGCUUCUCCAGAAGUGCAGGCAGGUCAUUGGCCACGAGACAGAAAAUUUGCAUGGAUUCUGGCGACUAGUUUUUUGCUCAGAGAGACAGAGCUUUCCACGCUCACCAUUUCCGAGGAAGAAGUCAAGCUGGACCACGUGAAACAGAAUGUCACGCUGAGGCUGUCGGUGUCCAAAUCGGACCCACAAGCGAAAGGGUGCAGCAGGACGCUGUCAUGCUGCUGCAGUAAGGAGAAUGGGGGAAUCUGUCCAUUCCAUGCAGCCAAGCACCUUUUAAAAGAGCAAAUUCACAGAACUGGCAGAUGUCAAGGCGAUCCUCUGGCCUGGGAGACUCCGCUGAUUGGUCGGGUGGACAACCCAUUUGAAUUUGUCGGUAAAGAAGCAGUAGUGGCAGCCCUUCGCGAAGACCUCAGCAUGUUGCAGUCCUCAGAAUAUAUUCCCACAAAUUUUGAUGUCAGUUUAGUUUCUGGCCAUACGUUUCGACGAUCAGGAGCACAGCAACUAGCAUUGGAGGGUGUUCCUUUGGACCUCAUUCAAUUUUUGGCUAGACAUUCCAGCCAAGCCAUCGCGGCUUAUGUUGAAGAUGCCGUGGAAAGAUGUCCAACAGCGGCGAGCAAACUGAUGGAACACUUGUCCUUGCAAGAACAGAUUGCAAAACUGGUUGAGAAAGUGUCCACGGUUGAGGAGCUACAGAAUAGAACUGCAGCUGCUCUCGCAACCAUGGCUUCAAGUGACAGUUCUCCCAGCUUUAAUGAGGCAAAGGCAAGAACGUUAGUAGAAUCAUAUUUGAGGCCUGGUGUGGUACUCAAUGUUGGCACCCUGAAAAUUCACUCAACAGCAGGUAAUUCGUUUUUGCAAUCCCCAACGGAUUGGACAACCUCUUGUGGUUGGAACUGGGUAAGAGCCGGAAGGCUAACCAGGGUCGUUGCUUCAGCAGAUGACAUCCCAGAAGAAGCCACGAGGUGCGCCAAAUGUCGAGAUAUGUUUCCAGACUGGGUUCCAUGAAAGAUUGGACACUGGUUACGUAGUUUAAUCAACAAGUAGCUAAGAGGCUGAAAA